AUGGAUCCUGUCACUGCCGCCGGCAUUGGUUUGAGUGUGGCAUCUCUUGCCCUGCAAGUGUUUUCAGGAUGUGUGAAAGGGUACCAGAUGUUCAUCGAUGUCAAAGGCAUGCCAAAGGAAUACGAGCACCUACGAACUCGCAUGCGAAUAGAGCAGUCUCGAUGCCUCCAUUGGGGCGAGAGUAUCGGACUCAUCGAGGAGAUGCUUGACGAGCCAAGCAAACUUCUUCAGCUCAAUCACAAUCUCGUUCUGGACAUCCUGCAUCAAAUACAGACUUCCUUUCGAACGAGCCUAGAGAUCAGCUACAAGUACGAUGCCGUGGCCAAUGGAAAGGGCAUCAUGAUCAACGGGACGCAUCAUGAUUCUGCCAACGGCUCGACAAACGUUCGCGUUGAGGAGUCGCCAAAGCGCCGCCCCUUGAUUCUGCAAAAGACUUUGGACCUGUGGGAGAAAGGGGGGCGUGUAGCAUCCAAAGUGGAGUGGGCCAUGAUCAAGAAAGGCGGAUUUGAGAAGCUGAUCGCCAGAUUGAUCCAGUACAACGAUCGGAUGGAGUCCUUCCUCGACAGAAGCGCACUGGAGGAUGUCCGAUUGAUGCAGGCCCAGUCGAAUCUCACAAUGCUCCAGAUGGCAGAUAAAGUCGAACAAGUCCGCGCUCUCGUUGAAGCCAUGCACAUAGCAAGAAGCGAUGCAGACGAAGGCGUGUCACUCUCGCGAGCCACGACGUUGAAGGGCGAGCCCAGUCCGGAGGAGGAGAAUUUAGUGUCUCUGGCGGUCUUCAAAGCGCAUCAUCUGAAGAUUGAAAUGGACCCAGCGCCGGGCGAAGGUCUGCUAAUACCACCAAAUGCGCUGUUAUUCGAUGAUAAUCUCAAGCCCUCCGGCCGCCAGUCUGCAAAUCUCAGAGGCCGCCACGUGUGGGUAGAGUGGCGUGAAAGUGUGGAGGAAUGUUUGUCGCAAAAGGAGUAUCGCGAGACGGUCGAAGGGCGAGUGAAGAAACUCGCAGCAAUUCUGACUGCUCCGGACAAGCCCAAGGAGUUCAGAUCACCGCAAUGCGUCGGCUACUGUCAAAGUCAACAAGGACCAAAGGCAAGAUACGGGCUGGUGUACGAGUGGCCACCUGAAGUCGACAACACCAAUGCCGAAUUCGUGUCCCUGCGCCAACUGUUGUUCUCGCUCAAAAGGCCGCCCACCCUGAACGCUCGAGUAGCGAUCGCAAAGAUGCUGGCUGCGGCGCUUCUUUGUGUCCACGCAGUGAACUGGAUCCACAAAGAUAUUCGCAGCGAGAAUGUGCUCUUCGCAUCAGGCCCUGACCAUUCCAUCGACCUCACGAAGCCCAUCCUUUCUGGAUUCGAGUUCUCGCGGCCGGCCGUGCCAGAGGCCGUCACCGUUUCCCAUCAAUUCUCGCCUGAGCACGACUUGUAUCGACAUCCUGAUCUUUUGAAAGUCGAUGCUACCAGAUCGCUCAAAUCUCAUGACAUCUACAGCCUUGGACUGGUACUCGCGGAGAUCGCGUUAUGGCAGCCCGUCGAGGACAUCGCUCAGAUCGAAGUGCGCAGGAGGGAGAUUCCAUCGGUGAGGGCACGCAUGUUGGGUGAAAAGUUACAUGUCCUCGAGAGGAUCGAUGAGCGAGCCGGUUGGACUUACGCCGACGUGGUGAGAGAUUGCGUAGAGGGAGGCUCGGCAUUGAAUCUGGUGGCUGGUAUGAACGAGGAGGAUCCCGAUGUUGGAGCACAGCUUUCCAAUGCUCUCUAUCAGAAGGUCGUGCAGAAGCUGCAGUCAAUCAAGAUGUAG